AACAGAAGUAGUCGCUCAGACCAGGAGAAGGUGAAACUGAAUAAAAUCACCUCGCGACAAAAUUCUUUGAAAGAGGCGUCUCUCGCAACUGAGAUGGAGGUCUCAUUCAAUGAGUACUCAAAUACUGGUAUUUCGCAAGAUUCAGGAGAUGGAACCAGAACAGAUGAUCAGAUUAAAGUAAAUAAAGGGGGUGAAUCUUUCUUUUCAAACAUCAAAAAGAGCUUUAAAGAUUUUUCAAGAUCUAAUCAAGCGGAUGAGCAUGGCAAAAUCAAUGUUUCAGUAAAUGGGCAUCCGAUAACAGACCGUGUGGUAAGGAAGGCUCAAAAGCUGGCUGGAACAAUCCAUCCUGGAGAUUAUUGGUAUGAUUACCGAGCUGGAUUCUGGGGCAUCAUGGGCGGGCCCUGUCUUGGCAUAAUCCCUCCAUACGUUGAAGAAUUUAAUUAUCCAAUGCCAGAGAACUGUGCUGGUGGAAACACAGGUGUUUUUGUGAAUGGAAGAGAACUGAACCAAAAAGACUUGGAUUUGCUAACUAAUAGAGGGCUGCCUACUUCGAGAGAUAGAUCAUACAUAAUUGAAAUUUCCGGGAGAGUCCUGGAUGGGGACACAGGAGAAGAGCUGGAUUGCCUCGGAAAGCUAGCUCCCAC